GGAGUAGGGAUUGGUGGGGAACAGCUGACAGGCAAACAUUUAGACAUCUUUGAUUAUAUUUUAUGCACUUCAUCAAUGGGACUUAAAAUUUUAGUAUGACAGAAACAUAAAUAUUGGGAGUUUAUUUUAGAUUAAUAGUUUUUAAAAGUUCACUUUUAACUAUUUAUUAUUUCUAGUUACCAGUUAGUUUAGUGUUAUUUUAAAAGUGACGUCAUGUGAUUGGUUUUUCAUGGAGUAUCAUUUAUUUAAGAUUUCAGGUUACGUUAAAAGUUGAUGUUCUAUUUCUUCCUCUAACCAAACAUGAACUUUCUGUUUCAAAAUCCGCAAAACAGUUUUCCGAAACAACACAAUAAUAAUUUUCUGUUAUCACCAGAAACACCUUCGAAAACCACCUUUAUCGAUAACAAGCCUCAGGUGAACGAAAAUAAUAAUCAAAUAAGUCCUAAUGGUCCGGAGAAAACAUUAAAAGAGCUUUGGUCAAAGCAUAAGAUAAAAAUGAGCAAAACCAAAAUGGAAUCGACUAAUAAUCUCGACAACAAUAUAAAGAUGACUUGGGACGUGGACGUGGAAAAAAAUAUUUGCGUAAAUGUUAUAAACCAAGAGAAGAAGGAAGAGUUACCUCCAGAAAUAAAAGAAGUGGUUCCAAAAACCGAGCAAAAUACCAAAGAUGAAAAAGAAGAAUCUCCUUCGCAUCACGCAAGAAGACCGCCCAAUGCCUUUUUGAUAUUUUGUAAAAAACACAGACCUAUAGUUAGAGAUAGAUUCCCCAAUCUAGAGAAUAGAGGAGUUACAAAAAUUUUGGGAGAAUGGUGGGCCCUACUGAAUAAUACUGAAAAAAUGCCAUAUAAUGACUUAGCAAGAGAGUACAAAGACGCCUUCCUAUCAGCCAAUCCAGAUUUUAGGUGGUACAAGUUACCAGCUCCUCCACUACGCACUCUAACUACUCGUCCUUUGACUGUUCCCAAACCGCAUCCAUCCAUAUCUAGUCCUUCCAAUCCUUAUACUAUAACCUCAACUCUAUCAGAAUUUACUCCUGGAAAAUUGGCCGAUGAAUCUCAACUUGGUGGUCUGACAUCGCUCAUGAACAACUUCACAUCAAUACCAAAGACAGAAACAGAAAAUAAUAAUAAUGUACUGAAGAUUGAAGAUAAAUUAGAACAAAAGAUUGUCAGUCCAGUUAGUAAUAUUUCAGUAAGCACUCCUCCCAAACCGAUCAAGAAGAGAUUUACCGAGUAUUACGAGAGUAAUAUUUGUGUCAGAAAUAUUUUGAAUGAUGAAGAACAGGUCCAAGAUUCCUUGCAUCAGGCAAUGGAUUCUGUUUUACCGAAACGUCAGAGCACCUCCCCGGACAGGAACGGUCUAAAAGACCAAAGAAAACCAGAAAGAAUGUGCAAAGGUAAACGCUACGAGAUGUUCAUGCUCGAAGGUAAACUAUUGGGCAACAAAAGAGAUACCAAACUCGUCCACCAAAAGCAACCACCGAAAUCAGAUACACCAGAACUUGUUAUUAUCGAAAAAAACGAACCUCCGAAUUUAGGCAACACCAUCAAAAGGCUUGCAGAACGUACCAACAUAAAAAUAGAUUUUGAUAGUAUAGAUAACGUAGAACCAGAGAUCAAAAGAAUACGCAGCAUAUCCGAGACUUCAGAAAGCGGAGGAAAAGCUUCACCUCCUAAUUUUAAUUUAGAUUUAAGGAUAUCAAAUCUUCCAAGUUUAAGUUAUGACGAAUUUUUACAAAGGAAACGCGAUAGUAAGAAAAGGAAAGCACGUAGUAAAUCCGAGGGCGAUCUUCGUAGAAAAAUGCAGAAAACUAAUAAGGAAACGCAACUAGUUGGGUCCAAAAAACGGAAAAACAAACAAAGCAUCACUCAUCUCGGCAACAAAACGGAUACUAAUUUAAGUAACGAUCUUAUCGGUUUAGCAACACUGGCCGAAGUCGCAGCCAAUACCGAAAAGAUCAACGAAAAAAUCUCAGAAUAAAAUAAGUAUUACAAGUAGUAUCUAUAUAAAUAUUCUCUUUUAAUGGGUAGAGGAUUUAAUUCCAAGUUAUGUGCCUCAAGUUAUUGGUUAGGACCAGAAAACGUUUUUCAAAUGGUCUCAAUAUUUUCAAAUAUUUUAAAACUUAUCUUAAAUUCACAAUUUUCUUCACUCAGUUUUAUCGAAUCCACUCUAGGCAAUUCCACAUAAGUUUUUGUAAAUUUGUUUAUUCUACACCAAAUACAUUUACGAUAUUAGUAAAAAAACAAAUUCUCGAUAUGUCCCAAAAUUAUUGAAUUAGAAUUUCAUACUCAAAUUUAGAGAGGUGAAAUCUGGUACUGCAUAUUGAUUGACUUUUUAGUGCAUCUCGUAUUUUUUUAAUAAUUUUUUAUAAUGGAAUACCCAUUUGGAAACCGAUUUCUAAACUGUUUUAAAAACAGAUUAUUAGCAAUAAAAUUAUACAAAGAGGCCGUUUAUUGAAUAUGCAAUUUCUCAAAGACGCUUGUUGAAAAUGUUGAUUAAAAGUGGGAAAUUCUAUUGAUUGUUAUUUUUAUUUUGUUUUUAUUUUUCUUUGUUAUAAUUCCCACGAUAUAUUCGCGUUUUCUCUGUUAUCUAAUAUUUUGUUUUGUCAGUCAUAGAAUUUUGUGAGAGUUGUCCAGCCAUAUAUUUAGAAAUAUUGUUAAUUUAGUCACAAUUCUGGUGUACAAUAAUUUAACUACAACAAAUCAAAUCUCAACAUGUUAAGAAUCUAAGAGAUUUCAGUUAUUUAAUGCUUUUUUUCAAUUAGUUGUGGUGUAUUUGUUGACUUGUUCACCAGAGAGGUUUUAUUAAUUUUUUUAUCAGAAUGAGAUCAUUUAUUUUAUAUUUAUCGCAAAAAAUGAAAUGUUAGGAGCGUUUCAGUAUUUUUUCUUUGUUCUAAGUUCUAUAAAAAAUAAAAAAUUUAAUCUUCCCAGAUAUAAUGACAAAAAUCUUGAUUAUACUUUUUCUAUCUACUUAACCUUAUAGUCCAGUCAUUAUAGGGGGUUGACCUCGGAAAAUCGACAUACCCAGUAUAUUAUCACGUAAAAACUUGUACUUUGACAUCCUAAAACUAUUCUCAAAAUUCACAAAUAAUUGGACGGUUGCAAAUUUUAAAGUCAGAAGUGAAAGGUCAGUAAAAUCGAUUUGUUUUAAAUUUUUUGCAAAAAUCUCGCUUUCUAUGUGCUUUACGCUAUUUGUAUUUAUUAUCAAUAUGUAGAAAAUUCAAUUCUCUAUAACUUUUAUAUUCAACAUUUGUUUAUACAUUGAACUGUUUUCGAGAUAGAGGGCGUAGAGCGCGCGGUCAAUAAAUUACAUGAUGUUAACUGGUAGUCCCGAUCAAAAACUUGUAAUAUUAAGGUUAUAACUUAUUGCUAAAUAUAUAAUUAUAAUUUUUUAUCAACUUUUGGGCUUACAGUGCUCUUUAGCUUGCGGCCAGUGUAAUAAACAACGUUUUUUCCAUGCUGUACUAUAUCAGAUCAAUAUUAAUGAUGAUAGCACCUUCAAUACAGAAAUUAUGAAUGAAUUGGGGACAAAUGUUGAAGACGGUAAUGAGGAACUUGAAAUUCUGCAGCAAAAGGAUGAUAUUGAAGAAGAAGAGAAUUGAACAGAAUAGAAAUUGUUCUCGAAAUUUUUAUUAAUUUUAACAAUAAUAAUAUAAUAUAAUAAAAUUACACGCUAGAUAAAAGCAUUAACUAAAAAUUUAUUUCUUUUCUUCUUUAUUUAUAUAGAAAGUCAUUAGUAUAAAUUAGAUUGGAAUUAAAAUACAAUUUGAGUAUUUUCCUCAACAAUUUCUCAGUUACAUGACCAAAUAAGUGUUAUUAAAUAAAUUGACACUUAAUUAAAAAUAGAUAAGUGACCAAAAAAAUUGAAUUUAAUCUAAAACUUGAUAAGAAAUGAUAAUUAUACGUCGACCAAUAAAUUAUUACCUAAAUAGCCAGAGAUUUUGACCGAGACUACCGGUUGACAUCAGAUAAUUCUCUAACGGCGCGCUCUACGUCCUCUAUCUCGAAAACAAUUCAAGAUAUAAAAAAAUGUUGAAUAUAAAUGUUAUAGAGGAUUGAAUUCUCUACAUAUUGAUAAUAAAUACAAAUAGAAAACGAGAUAUCUGCAAAAAAUGUAAAAAAAAUUCGAUUUUUCUGACCUAAUUUGGCCUAAAACGACUAGACUAUUCAUGUAUUGUGUAAUUUUGGAUUGUUUCUUUACACAUCUUUUAAUUCUGUUUAAUUUUUGUAAAUUCACAUUAUCUUAUUUUAAUCUGAUUCUUCAGACCAAAUUGAGAGAUCAAUUCAAUAUUUUUUUUUUAAUUUUCUUCAGGAGUGUCUGUUUAUCAAAAGUUUGUGCUUCCUGUGGUAAGUUUUGGCACAGAAUGUAAAAUUCUGGAAAAACUGAGGGUUAAUGUGUGAAAUCUUUAUUGAACCGAAUAAACUUUUUACUCUGUCUGAUUUCCUUUAGUGCAUAAAAAAUUUACUUGCCUUGUUCGUGGAAAAAGCUAUUUUACUACUUUUUAAAUUCCAAUUUAGGGUGCUGUGAAAAGAUUAUUGCAAUUUUCUCAAUUACCCUAAUACACACAUGAAAAUUGAAGAAAAAAAUAUGAAAAAUGGGAAAAUUUCCUGAUUUUACAUGUCAUAUCAAUACGCACAAUAAAAUAUUAGUAUCUGUUAAUAAAAAAAGUUAUUUAACAAAUUUGGCAGACUGAUCCUAACAAAAUUCCAUGAUUUAAAUAAAUUUACAAAAUAUUAUCUCGUGCUUAAAUUUGUUUUUGAGUUAUUUAUAUUAUAUUAGAGAAUAUUUGUUUUUUAUGUUUAUGUUGUUUUUUUGUUAUGUUAACCUUCUAUUCAUAAGUACCAAAAUCACACUAGUUACUUGUAAAAUAGUCAUAUGUUUGUUAAUUUUAAUGUUUUAUCUUGUACAUUUAUAUAGUCAAUGGGAUUACAAACUGAUCUGAUUUGGACUACGCGUAUAUACAGAUUGUUCCAGACAUCUUCAAUUCAAUACAUCUAGCAGAUUAUUAAAACCUGUUAACUGGGGAGCUCUCGUUCAAAUUAUGCAACAUGUACCGGACGCGCAUUGUUUCGCUAAGACAUGUCAAUACGUCACGCCCGGAGACCGUCAUUUCAUAUUUCUAUAUUUUAAUUUAUUCAUAAAAUGAAUGAUAAACUAUGAAAUGUAUAUCGUUUAUUAAUAAUUUUGAAGUACAAAAGGAAUCACAAAACAAUUAAAAGCAAGUAAACAAAAUAGAAUUACACAUAAUACAUAAUGCUACACUACAAUUCGGACACCAGUAAGUAGAUUCUUUUCUAGCACCUUUUUUGUAACACACUCGACAUUUCCGGGAUUUAGAUUUUCCUGUAUCACUUUUCAUUUGCUCUGGAAAAUGCCUUUCCACUAUGCGUGAUGGUUUAGGUGUAGAGCUGCUUGUUGAUGGCCAUGGGUGGGUGUUCACGAUAUUGUUAUCAACUAAUGUCUCUAUACACUCUAACAAAAAAUGAAGUCGGUCUAAAUGACCUUUAUCCUUUUUGUACAAAA